AUGCCUUCUCUAUUGCUCCAAGUUAUCGACGGCCCUGCACCCUUGGUCGUCCUGGCCGUCGGGUUGGCAGUCGCAGCAUGUUCAGUCUACGUCAUCUACCAAAGGUACUUCCAUCCUCUAGCGGGCUACCCGGGUCCCUUCUUGGCAUCCAUCACAGACCUGUGGCAAGUUGGGCAGUAUCUCUCGCUCAAGCAACCGUACAACCUGACGGACCUCCAUGAUAUAUACGGCGAGUUUGUGCGCUACGGGCCGGACAAGUUGAGUAUCACCGCCGAGGAGGCCGUGGCUUUGGUUUAUCAAAAGGGCGGACGCCGCAUGCCCAAGACGGAGUUUUAUGAUGCGUUCGGCGGCAAAACUGCCAAUGUCUUCGGCAUGCGAUCUGUUGAUCUUCAUUCCAUCCGGCGACGUCACAUGUCGCAUAGCUUCUCCCUUACCAGCGUCAAGGGCAUGGAGCAGUACUUGGACGCGAACAUUAGGAUUCUACGCAACAAGAUUGCUGGCUAUGCCAAAGAGGAAAAGAUCUUUGACCUGAAGAAGCUUCUCCAUCACUAUACCAUUGACGUCCUAGGUGAAUUGGCUUUUGGUCGCUCCUUUGGCGUCCAGGUCUCCGACGACGUCCUCGUUCCCCGCGUCGUCCCUCACACGCUCCUCGGCUCAGUAACGGGGGCCUGGCCGGCCAUGACACAUACGCUCAGGAAAUGGCUCCCGCUUAUACCGCAUAGGGGACUGCAGGACCUUUUCAAGGGCCGGGCAGAGUGCGUGCAGCUUGCCUCGGAGUGCGUAGAGCGGCGGCUCGACGAAGUACGAAAAGGCAAGAAAGACGGAGCUCAGAGGAAGGACAUUUUGACGAGUCUUAUCCUAGCAAAACAUCCAGACACUGGUGAGCACAUUGCAAAGAUUGACCUUGAGGCCGAAGCCUUUGGGUUUAUCAUCGCCGGAACUCAUACGACCAGCGCAACAGCGACGCUGCUCUUUUACAAUCUACUGCACAACCCGGAUAUUCUGCAGAACUGUGUUCAGGAAAUCGAUGAUAAAUUACCACCCUUGGAAGCUGACAAAGCGGCCUAUUCGGUGACGGAAGCUGAGAACUCGCUACCGUACCUUCGCGCGUGUGUCAGGGAAAACUUUCGAUUAACUCCCGUGUUCAGUAUGCCGUUGGAAAGACGAGUCACGGAUCCGGAAGGUAUCUUGGUAGCUGGCCGCCACAUCAAACAGGGCAUGUCAAUUGCGGUUUGCAAUCACGCUUUCCACCAUAAUCCCCGAGUUUGGGGCGAUGAACACAACAUCUUCGACCCCUCACGCUGGAAUGUCCGGGAAACCGCAGAUCGUGCCCGCUACUUGAUGCAUUUUGGCCUUGGGAGCCGCCAAUGCCUCGGCAAGACGGUAGCACAGACGAACAUCUACAAGCUGACCAGCACCCUGCUGCACGAGUUCGACUUUCAGAUUGCCGACCCGGCGGAAAGGGAUGAAGCGGCCAGCGGUGGAUUCCGUGGCAGGCUGCCCGAGAUGAUUAGUGUGGGCGUGAGUGACCUUAAGGGCCCGUUGAUGGUGACGGCCAAGGUUAGGAAAGGGGAUGAGAAAUGA